GUAGGUGUAAUAUUUACUGACGUUGGAAUUAACAGUUGCUUCUCUAUUCUCUCCUUCUUUCUCUGAGCUUUUAUCGACCUUCCUUUGCCACAAGCCUGCAAAGAAAGUCUCCAGGUUUCUUUAACGGUUUUAGGGGGGCAUGGAGACUCUGCGGAGGGAGGGGAAGGAUAAUCCGUUGGCUUCAGCUAAUCUUCUCUCCAAGAUUUUCUUCUGCUGGCUGAAUCCCUUGUUCAAAGUUGGCUACAAGAAAAAGUUGGAUGAAGAUGACAUGUAUAAAGUUCUCCCAGAGGAUGCUUCAGAGAGACUGGGCAACGAGCUUCAAUGGUACUGGAACGCAGAGGUUCAACAGGCGGCUAAAGACCUGCGCCCACCUAGUCUAACUAAAGCUCUAGUAACGUGCUACUGGAGGUCAUACUCACUCAUUGGAAUAUACAUUUUUAUAGAGGAAGUUCUCAAAGUCAUUCAGCCAGUGCUCCUCGGGAAAAUGAUUGAGUAUUUUGAGAGUCAUGACCCCACCGACGAUGCUGCCAUCUACGAGGCCUACAGCUACGCUACAGGCAUCUCCCUGUCCACCAUCGCCAUCACCGUUCUUCAUCAUCUCUACUUCUACCACGUCCAGCGAGCGGGCAUGAAGAUCAGAGUAGCCAUGUGUCAUAUGAUCUAUAGGAAGGCUCUUUGUCUCAACAGCAAAGCGUUGGCCAAAACCACCACUGGACAAAUUGUAAACCUGUUAUCCAAUGACGUCAACAAAUUUGAUGAGAUAACCUUGUAUUUGCACUUUUUGUGGAUUGGUCCUCUACAAGCAGCAACUGUAACUUUACUGCUGUUUUAUAUAAUCGGACCAUCAGGCCUUGCAGGAAUGGCUGUCUUGUUUAUCUUGAUGCCAGUGCAGGCUAUUUUUGGACGUUUGUUCUCCACUCUCAGGGCUGAAACUGCAGUCUUAACAGAUGACAGAAUACGCACAAUGAAUGAAGUCAUCACUGGGAUCCGUGUUAUAAAGAUGUACGGGUGGGAGAAGCCUUUCGCUGCAUUAGUGGAUGAGGUCAGAAGACUGGAGAUCUCAAAGAUCAUGAAAAGCUCAUACCUGCGUGGCCUGAACAUGGCGUCUUUCUUUGUGAGCAGCAAGAUCAUCAUCUUCAUCACCGUGUGUGUCUUUGUGCUCACAGGCAACAUGUUGUCUGCUAGCAUUGUGUUUAUGGCUGUUGCUCUCUAUGGGGCAGUGAGGCUCACCAUCACCCUCUUCUUUCCUUUUGCCAUAGAGAAGGUCUCUGAGUCUCUCAUCAGCAUAAGAAGGAUUAAAACUUUUCUCCUGCUUGAUGAAGUCGUUCCACAUUAUCUGGGGCUUCCUGUGGCAGAGAAGGAGUAUAUGGUGAAGAUUGAGGAUUUAAAAUGCUACUGGGAUAAGAUGCUAGAGGCUCCAACUUUACAGAGCGUGUCGUUUACGGUGAAGACAGAGCAGCUCCUGGCAGUAAUCGGACCUGUUGGUGCUGGAAAGUCAUCUCUCCUCAGUGCCAUCCUGGGAGAACUGAGUCAGGAAAGUGGUGUGGUAAAGGUCAAAGGAGAGCUGACGUACACGUCUCAGCAGCCCUGGAUUUUACCCGGUACGAUCCGAAGCAACAUCCUUUUUGGCAAAGAGCUCAACCCCCAGAAGUAUGACAGAGUUCUGGGAGCCUGCGCCCUCAAGAGAGACAUGGAGCUGUUGCCAGGUGGUGACCUGGCGAUGGUCGGGGACAGAGGAGCCAACCUCAGCGGAGGACAGAAGGCAAGGGUCAGCCUUGCAAGAGCAGUGUAUCAGGAUGCAGACAUCUACCUGCUAGAUGACCCGCUCAGUGCUGUGGACGCUGAGGUGGGAAGACACCUCUUUGAAGAGUGCAUUUGUGGACUUUUGAGGAAGAAGCCUCGUAUCUUGGUUACUCAUCAACUACAGUAUCUGAAAGCUGCAGAUCAGAUUGUCGUCCUAAAGGAGGGUCAGAUGGUGGCACGUGGGACCUACAAUGAGUUGCAGGGUUCUGGACUGGACUUUACCACCCUUAAGGAAGAGGACGACAAGGAGGAAGAGGAGACAUGUGCCAUGUCGCUCUCUGACAACUCAAAGUCCUCUAUGUCCUCCCUCUCCUCCUCUCAGUACUCUUUGAUUGAGGGAGCAGAGCCACUGCCAGCGGUAGUGCAACCUGCGGGGGAGGAAAGCCGCUCAGACGGAAACAUCGGCCUGCGUAUGUAUGUGAAGUUUUUCAGGGCAGGCGCCAACUUCCUGCUCCUCUUGGUCCUCAUUUUACUUAAUGCCUUAGCACAUAUUACAUUUGUUCUACAGGACUGGUGGCUCGCUUGCUGGGCCUCUGAGCAGAAGCGCGUCAAUGUGACAGAGCACCUCAAUGGCAGCUUCCCUCUGCAGUUGGACCUUGACCUGUACCUAGGUGUUUACGCAGGUUUAACAGCCACUUCAGUACUGUUUGGCUUCCUCCGCUGCUUGGUCUUCUUUAAUGUUCUGGUGAGCUCGGCUCAAACCUUACACAACAGCAUGUUCCAUGCCAUCCUCCGGACCCCGGUACACUUUUUCGACGUCAAUCCAAUCGGAAGGAUCCUCAACAGGUUCUCCAAGGACAUCGGUUACCUGGACUCUCUGCUCCCAUGGACGUUUGUGGACUUCACCCAGGUGUUUCUCCAAGUCAUCGGAGUGAUCGCAGUAGCGGCCGUCAUCAUUCCCUGGAUCCUUAUUCCUGUUGUUCCUCUCCUCGCUGUCUUCCUAAUCCUGCGGUGCUACUUCCUGAAGACAUCCAGGGACAUCAAGCGCCUAGAGUCUACCACUCGGAGUCCUGUGUUCUCCCACCUUUCCUCCUCCCUGCAAGGCCUGAGCACCAUCCGUGCCUUUAAAGUUCAGCAGAGGUUUCAGCAAAUGUUUGAUGACUAUCAAGAUCUGCACUCAGAGGCCUGGUUCUUGUUCCUGACCACUUCUCGCUGGUUUGCCGUGCGCCUUGAUGGAAUUUGCUCAGUUUUUGUCACCAUCACUGCUUUUGGUUGUCUUUACCUCAGAGAUGGACUGGAUCCAGGUGCAGUAGGUUUGGCUCUGUCUUAUGCUGUGACACUUACAGGCAUGUUCCAGUGGGGCGUCAGACAGAGUGCAGAAAUAGAGAACAUGAUGACAUCAGUGGAAAGAAUAGUUGAGUAUGCAGAGCUUGAGAGUGAAGCACCCUGGGAGACGGACAAACAGCCUCCGCCUGACUGGCCAAAGACAGGCUCCAUCACUUUCGACAGAGUCAACUUCUCUUACAGUGCCAGUGAGCCUUUGGUCUUGAAGAACCUGACUGUUGUCUUCACACCACGAGAAAAGGUUGGCAUCGUCGGACGCACUGGUGCCGGUAAAAGCUCCCUGAUCUCUGCGUUGUUCCGGCUGGCAGAACCUGAAGGAAGAAUAAUGAUCGAUGGCUUCCUGACUUCUGAGAUCGGUCUGCACACACUGCGCCAAAAAAUGUCCAUCAUCCCACAGGACCCAGUUCUCUUCACGGGCUCUGUGAGGAAGAAUCUGGACCCUUUCAGACAGCACACAGAUGAGGACCUGUGGAAUGCACUCCAAGAGGUGCAGAUGAAGGCCGUGGUGGAGGACCUGCCCAAUAAGCUGGAGACAGUGCUGACCGAGUCGGGGUCCAACUUCAGCAUGGGCCAGAGGCAACUGGUGUGUCUGGCCAGGAGCAUCCUCCAGAAAAACCGCAUCCUCAUCAUAGAUGAGGCCACGGCCAAUGUGGACCCAAGAACUGACAUCCUCAUUCAGCAGACAAUCCGGGACAAGUUUCAAGACUGUACCGUCCUCACCAUCGCUCACAGGCUUAACACUAUCAUUGACUGUGACAGAAUACUGGUUCUAGCAGCUGGAAGAAUCCAAGAGUAUGACCAGCCGUAUGUACUGCUGCAGAACCAGGAUGGGCUCUUUUACCAGAUGGUCCAACAGACAGGCAGGGCUGAGGCUGCCUCGCUGCUGCACACAGCCAAACAGGUUUACAUGAACAAAAAGCGGGUGACAGACGUAAGCUGUGCCAAGGACAUCCGUGUCAUCUUUGAGACGUCUCUUUGACACUUUGGAGAGUCGCUGCGGCCCCUUGCUGACCAAAGCUUUUUACCACAUGUACUUAGACUCCUCUCUGUGUAUUAAAAUGUCUUUAAACUCCCAGCAGGCCGAGUGCAGUGUGUGCUCAAUACGACUGGCAUAGUCCUACGGUGUGCAGCAGAAUGAUCGGAGGCAGGAUGUGCCUUUAUUGACAGCAUAUUACUGCAUUGGCUGUUUAUUGAUUACACCAUGCUAUGUUUAUGUAUGAGUGCUCAGGCCUCUUGGGUAGCUUCAAUCUCCCAUUGUUACUCAGAAGAGUGCACAUAUUAGACCUGUUUAGCAAGCUGCGAUAAAUUACUGUUGGUGUGAAUUAUGUUUUUUCACAGCCAGCAUUGUUCCAAAGAAGGACUGGUGGUCUUUUUAUUAUUUGGAAAAAGCUCAAAAAUAGACGAGAAGAAGCUGAGAAUAGACAACAAUGUUUUCAUUAAUUAUUGUGCCUGAAUUAGACUAUGGAUUGAUGGAUUUUUCAUGAUUGCACUGUUUUAAUUGAGUCAUUUUCCAGCACUUUGAUGACAGUGGUUUUAUGUCUACCUCAGCUCUUAUCAGGAGGGAGUAGUAGAGUUUGAAUGUAACUUGGUAAUGGUAAUGAGAAACAGAAGAGUGUGUUGCCUUUCAAAUCACUCUUGAGUGUAACAUGAUCUAUCUCUCUUUACUCUUUUUAAAGUGUAGUCUGUAAAUGCUUUAAAAACAAAAAGCACAUUUUACAUCAUGCGAUGAAAAGUUUAGUUUGAAUAUCUAUAAGCAUGUAUUUAUCAUUUGUCAAUGGGCUUUAUAUGUAUAGACUUGAACUGAAAGCGAUGUUUUCAUGAUGUUUGCACUUUGUAGACUAGUUACCUAGAAUUAGAACGAACACUUUAAUUUAAAUAAA